CUCAAUCAUUCCUUCAAUACUCUCACAUUACUUAUCCGAUUUUAAUUAAGAUUAAUUAGUCUAUUGAUAAAGUCGCUUAGUGAUCAAAAAUGGAAGCCAUGGGAGAAUGGAGCACCGGCCUAGGCGGAAUUUAUACAGAGGAAGCUGACUUUAUGAAUCAGCUCCUUGCAUCCUAUGAGCAACCUUGUGGCGGUUCAUCUUCAGAGACAACCGCCACACUCGCGGCCUACCACCACCAGGGUUCUCAUUGGAAUGGAGGCUUUUGCUUCUCCCAAGAGAGCAGCAGUUAUAGUGGUUAUUUCACGGUGAUGCCACGGCAGGAAGAAGACAACAAUGGGAUGGAAGACGCGACAAUCAAUACGAACUUGUACCUGGUUGGUGAAGAGACAAGUGAAUGUGAUGUGAGGGAAUACUCCGGUAAAAGCCUCUUUCCUUUGGAGACUGUCGCAGAAAACCACGACCAUAGUAUGCUACAGCCUGAGAACUCCUUGACAAAGACCACUGAUGAGAAACUGUUCAACCCAUGUGAGAGUUCUAAGAAGAGGACUCGUGCCACAUCAACUGAUAAGAAUAAGAGAGCCAACAAGGCACGGAGGAGCCAAAAAGGCAUAGAGAUGAGUGGCGAUAAUGAAAAUAUCGGCGAAGAAGAAUAUACGGAGAAGGCUGCGGGGAAGAGAAAGACCAAACCACUUAAGCCGCAAAAGACUUGUUGUUCGGAUGACGAAUCAAACGGUGGAGACACUUUCUUGUCCAAAGAAGAUGGCGAGGACUCUAAGGCUCUCAACCUCAAUGGCAAGACAAGGGCCAGCCGCGGCGCUGCCACAGAUCCUCAAAGCCUUUACGCUAGGAAAAGAAGAGAGAGGAUAAACGAGAGGCUAAGGAUUUUGCAACAUCUUGUCCCUAAUGGAACAAAGGUUGAUAUAAGCACGAUGUUGGAAGAAGCAGUACAAUACGUCAAAUUUUUGCAGCUCCAAAUUAAGUUAUUGAGCUCUGAUGAUCUUUGGAUGUAUGCGCCCAUUGCUUACAACGGAAUGGACAUUGGCCUUGACCUAAAACUCAAUGCACUGACCAGAUGAUUCAAGAGACACCUUCGGAUUUUAAUU